AUGACGCAGUGGUUGAGCGCUGGACUAGCAAAUCAGGACAUAAAAUGGAUGCUUGAUUUUCCUGCCAUUCCUGAGGCAACCGAAGAAAAACUCCUCCUGUCAUCAGAAGAGGAGAAAGAAUCUACUGUAAGGCUGCCGAAGCCUGAGUGGACAAAACUUAAUGGAGCGGCCAGGAAACGCUUCAAAUGGUUGGUAAAAGGAGGGCACUCUCCAGAAGAGGCCCGUCUUCUUGCCUUGAAGCCAAUAGCUGCAGCGGGACCCUCUGGUAAGCCUACCUCCAAGAGAAAUAGAUCAGAGGGCAGCACCCCUGACAAAGCGCCUCCAAAACGUGCCAAAAAUAUAAAGGGGCAAGUUGCCGAAAGCGUUGAAGUGGGUAUCGUGGCGGAAAAAUUCCCGGAAGCUCUUCUGAGAGAUGUGAAACCCUCCUUCUUGGGCUCCACCAACAAACCAGGCUACCUAGUUCUGACCUGUGCCAAUGAAGCCACUUCGAAGUGGCUAAUUGACAAAGCAGGAGAACUAACACCCUGGACAGAAGCAUCCCUGAGGGUGCUAAAGGAAUCUGAUAUUCCUCACGCCCAGAUUGUAGUGGGAUACUUCCCAGCCAGCAAGGACGACUCAACGGAAGAGAUCUUGGGUUUCGUCGAAGCCCAGAACAAAGGUCUCAAUUCAACGGACUAG